AUGAAUGAAGAAUUGUCAGGACCAAAUUUCUCACACACCAGGUUCAUUUUUGUGGGAUUUCCAGAGAUCUACAAGUAUAGACGACUCCUUUGCCUGCCUUUUCUCUUUAGUUACAUGUUGAUUUUGGUGGGAAAUUCCUUAUUGCUCUAUGUCAUCAGAAACACCGAAAGUCUUCAUAGUCCAAUGUACAUGCUGGUGUCAGCUCUGGCUGUAGUUGACAUUAUUGUCCCCACAGCAAUCAUUCCAGCGAUGUUUCUCAGUUUCCUUUUUGAUUUGAACGAGAUAACCCUGGAGGGAUGUCUUACCCAAAUGUUUGUCACUCACUUUUUCUCCUCUGUUGAGUCUACCAUCCUUUUGGCCAUGGCGCUGGAUCGAUUCGUGGCCAUAUGCAACCCACUGCGUUACGCUGACAUCAUGAGCACCUCUAUGUUUGUUAAACUACUGGUCUUCACUUUGGUUAGGAGCGGCACAAUAAUGCUUACUCUGGUCAGUUUAGCUGCACCUUUAUCUUUUUGUGGGUCCAAUAUAAUCCACCACUGUUACUGUGAUCAUAUGGCUCUGGUAAGCCUCUCUUGUGACCCAAUAGAUAAGAACCAUGCCAUGGGUUUGGCUGUGAUCAUCUGUUUUGUGGGGGUUGAUAUAUCUGUAAUUUUCUUUUCGUACGUUAGAAUUUUGAUAGAAGUUUUGAGAGCUGCAGGAGGAGAGGAUCGUUGGAAAGCUUUUCACACGUGUGGGACUCAUUUAAUUGUAAUGAUGUGUUUUUACUUCGUUGGCACCGUUACUUUUCUAUCACGUAAUCUCAAUAUUCCAAUUCCGGUGGAUGUAAACACUUUUCUUGGUGUCAUGUACAUUAUAUUCCCAGCGAGUGUAAAUCCAAUUAUAUACGGUGUCCGUACCAAGGAAAUUAGGAAUGCAAUAUUGAAAUUGUUGAAAAUUCGUGUGAAUAGAGUUUUCUCUGUCAGGGUUUCAGUGCUGACAGUUUGA